AUGAGUAUUAUGAUGUUGCCCAUGGAUGCAAAAGAUCCAGUGGGUCCCCACUUCCCUGCAGGACAUCCCUGCUGUCCUGGGUGCAGAAGCAUAUACUGAGGAAGACAAACCAAUGGUGUCCCAUGCACAGAAAAGCCAGCAUUCUUGUCUCAGUCAUUCCAGGUGGUUGAGGUCUCCACAGGUCACACGGGGAAGCUGAGACCUCCGAAUAAGACCAUCCAAGGACUCCAGCAGUUUCUGCCAGGCUCAGUGUUUCCGGAAGGAUCCUGGGGCAAACAACCACUUGGAGAGCCAAGGAGUGAAAGGUACAGCUGGCGAUGCUGACAGGGAGCUGCGGGGACCCUCAGGAAAAGCCACAGGUGACCCAGGACUCGGGGCCCCAGAGCAUGGGGCUUGAGGGACAAGAGACAGCUGGCCAGCCACGAGUGACCCUGCUGCCCACACCCAACAUCAGUGGGCUGAGCCAGGAUUUUGAAAGCCACUGGCCAGAGAUCGCAGAGAGGUCCCCGUGUGUGGCUGGCGUCAUCCCUGUCAUCUACUACAGUGUCCUGCUGGGCCUGGGGCUGCCUGUCAGCCUCCUGACUGCAGUGGCCCUGGCGCGCCUUGCCACCAGGACCAGGAGGCCCUCCUACCACUACCUUCUGGCGCUCACGGCCUCGGAUAUCAUCAUCCAGGUGGUCAUCGUGUUCGCGGGCUUCCUCCUGCAGGGAGCUGUGCUGGCCCGCCAGGUGCCCCAGGCUGUGGUGCGCAUGGCCAACAUCCUGGAGUUUGCUGCCAACCACGCCUCAGUCUGGAUCGCCAUCCUGCUCACGGUUGACCGCUACACUGCCCUGUGCCACCCCCUGCACCAUCGGGCCGCCUCAUCCCCAGGCCGGACCCGCCGGGCCAUUGCUGCUGUCCUGAGUGCUGCCCUGUUGACCGGCAUCCCCUUCUACUGGUGGCUGGACGUGUGGAGAGACGCCGACUCACCCAGCACGCUGGACGAGGUCCUCAAGUGGGCUCACUGUCUCUCUGUCUAUUUCAUCCCUUGUGGCGUGUUCCUGGUCACCAACUCGGCCAUCAUCCACCGGCUACGGAGGAGGGGCCGGAGUGGGCUGCAGCCCCGGGUGGGCAAGAGCACAGCCAUCCUCCUGGGCAUCACCACACUGUUCACCCUCCUGUGGGCGCCCCGGGUCUUCGUCAUGCUCUACCACAUGUACGUGGCCCCUGUCCACCGGGACUGGAGGGUCCACCUUGCCUUGGAUGUGGCCAACAUGGUAGCCAUGCUCCACACGGCAGCCAACUUCAGCCUCUACUGCUUUGUCAGCAAGACUUUCCGGGCCACUGUCCGACAGGUCAUCCACGAUGCCUACCUGCCCUGUACUUUGGCAUCACAGCCAGAGGGCAUGGCGGCGAAGCCUGUGAUGGAGCCUCCGGGACUCCCCAAAGGGGCAGAAGUGUAG